AUGGCGACCAUCGUUGAUAUCUGCUGGAGCUUGAUUGGGGGUUUAUACGCGACGGCGAAGGAGACGCCAUUACCUAUCUUGCUAUUAGUCGUUCUUACCACUACGAUCUCUACAUUAGCCUUCAUAUACGCCUUAGUCUAUGUCCUCGCCCCCGUUCCACGCGCUCCACAUCCCUCGGAAAAGACAUACAUAACCACAUCCGGUUCCUCCAGCUCGGCGACUGCCCCGCGCCCACUUCCAUGCUGGCACGAUGCCUGGCUUACACACAGGAAAGAAGCUGCUACUAAAAAUGGCAAGGAGAAGGACAACGAUGAUGUACAUACCGGCACGAUAGACGAGGCGGAAGUGGAAAUGAGCGUGGUUAUCCCAGCAUAUAACGAAGAAGAACGCAUAGAGAUGAUGCUAGAAGAAGCUGUAGCAUUUCUGGACGAUGAAUAUGGACGCGUUCCCCUCGCCGCCGGGAAGCACAAGGGGAAAGUGAACGGCAGUGCGGGGGGGCAGGGCAUGGGCAUGGGAGGCUACGAAAUCCUAAUCGUGAACGACGGAAGCAAAGACAAAACCGUCGAUGUUGCUCUGGAUUUCUCGAGGAAGAAGGGUUUGCAUGAUAUUCUGCGGGUCUGUACGCUCAAGGAGAAUAGAGGGAAAGGGGGCGCUGUCACGCAUGGUUUUAGACAUGUUAGGGGCGCGUAUGCUAUAUUUGCUGACGCGGAUGGAGCGUCUAAGUUUGAGGAUUCGAGGAAGUUGGUGAGAGGUUGUAAGGGUAUUGAGGAUGGGACUGCAAGAGGUAUUGCAGUGGGGAGCAGAGCACAUCUUGUGGGGUCGGAAGCUGUUGUGAAGCGCUCGGCCCUAAGAAACGCCCUCAUGCACUCGUUCCACCUCCUUCUCCGUCUCCUCACGCCCCCGGCAACGUCCCGAAUCCGUGACACGCAGUGCGGAUUCAAGCUGUUCUCCAGGGCCGCACUCCCCCAUAUCGUGCCUUACAUGCAUGUCGAAGGCUGGAUCUUUGAUGUCGAGAUGCUGAUGCUUGCUGAAAGCGCGCCUGCGCCUGUAUCCGCAGCUGAAGCGACCGGAAAGGGAAAUACCAACUUAAACUCUGGGAUCCGGGUUGCUGAGGUGCAGAUUGGGUGGCAUGAGUUUGGCUAUGGCGUGGGGAUUGGGGAUUUUGAGGGCGAGUUGGAUUUUGGGAGUUUAUAA